UUCAACUGUAGUCGGUGCUAGGCUCUUCGAAAACUUGAGUGCUUGGUUAUCGCUGAUUGCCCAGAAAUUAACAUUAUGUGUGCGUAAACUAUAGAUAAUCUUAUCGGCUGAAUUUGCAAAUAAUUAGAUAAACAUGUUGCUCGCACCUCUUCAGUAAGUCAGCAAUCAGUCAGUUAGUCAGACAUGUUUGAGUACUUUGUCCUGAAUUUGAACAGUGGCAGAAACAACUCGAACAUCAAUCUCAGUCCUCAGAUCCACGGGCUCGAUGAGUGCAUAUUCCAGCGUUCGGAACCGACUGUCUCCUUAAUUCUGAUCUAUGGCCUGGCUGUGCCUAUGCUGUCCGCCUUUGGCUUCUGCGCGAAUCUAAUCAAUGGUGUGGUCUUCAUGCGACCCAAGAUGACGCCCUCGGCUUUUACCUACCUCGCUGCGUUAUCCUGGCUGGACUGUGUAUCCUGUCUGCUGAUCACAUUGACCGCACUCUCACGCAGCUAUUUCUACCAGAGUCCCGCCUGGUUGGCCUACGACUACCAGUGGCAGACGCCGCUCUUUGGCAUCAGCACGGGUGCUGCGAAUUUGAUACUCGCCUUUGUUAGCCUUGACAGAUUCGUCUACUUGUCACGUUUUGCGGCCAACAAUGGUGCACCCCGCUUUUGUCGCCGCAAGGUGGCUCGACUAAUGAUCUGCUUGGCUAUAAUCAUCUCUAUAUUGCUUAACAUACCGUACUUUUUUUGCUUUGUCGUUGACUUGGAUACCGGCACUUGCUAUGUUACCGAUUUCUACUACUCCAAAUUGUAUCGGAUCCACAACUGGUUCUCGUUUUCACUGCUAGCGAUUUCUCCUGCCAUAUGUCUGCUCAUGGGCAAUGUGGCCAUCAUAGUCGCUUUCCGGCGUUGGACUAAACAGGGCAAACGUUGCCAGCAGAGCGGCUCAACUGACAAUCGCAAUACAAACAAACGCUAUCAGCAUCAAAUAAAGCUCACCAUCAGCAUUCUAAUCGUCAUUACGCUCUACAUGGUUGGGGAGCUGCCAGCUCAUAUGACAUCGAGGAAGAGUUCGCUGAAUCUGCUCUUUGGCGGCGACCCAAAUAAAGUGAAUGGAGAACUGAUGGAGCAUCUGGAGGUCAUAUUUAUAACACUCAAUACUCUGCAGCUGAGCAUGAACAUUGUAGUCUAUGCUGUGAUUAAUCCCAGCUUUAUGCCCGAGUUUUUUACCUGCCUGCGCGGCGCGUCGGAUGUUUGCUUUCGCCUCUGCUGCUUCACCAACAUAGGCCGUGGCUGUCAACGGUGUUGUCGUCGUCGGCGCCGGCAGUCUCACGCCGAGGAACAUGUAAGCACUGUCGAGGCACAGCAGCUGCCACCGGAAGAGGCGCCGCAAUGUGGCUGCGAGAGUUGGAGCAGUGAUUUGGACUGCGCGGAUGCGAACCACUGCAAGUUGACGGCAGGCACAUUCACUUUUACAGAUGAUUGUCAGGCGGAGGAAGAGGCACAACCACAGCCGCAGCAGCAGCCAGUAGUAUUCACCACCGACGCCAGCGGUUGCAUGCAGCAGCCAGUUGUGCAGGACGAUGACCAGUUGGGCUCCUGCGCUAUGUGA